AUGAAGGUGGGCACAGUUCCUGUUUCCCAGGACCGGAUCCCCUUUGCUGUAGUCGGGGCUGACCGAGAGCACCUGGUGAAUGGGAGGUGUGUCCUGGGCCGGAAGACCAAGUGGGGCAUCGUUGAAGUGGAGAACAUGGCGCACUGUGAGUUUCCCCUCCUGAGAGACCUGCUCAUCCGCUCCCACCUCCAAGACCUGAAGGACAUCACCCACAACGUCCACUACGAGAACUACCGCGUCUGCAGACUCAAUGAGAGCCACCUGCUGCCUCGUGGGCCUGGCUGGGUGAACCUGACCCAGGCCCCCGCAGGCCCCCCAGCCACCCCGCGGCCCUCAAAGGUGCGCCACCAGGUCCAGGACGACUCCAAAGAUGAUGAGGAGUACUGAGCACCAGGGCACCUGCGGCCUCGGGGCUCCCAGGGUCCUUGGCAGCCCCCAACACACAGCUAUGUACUAGAGCAUGUAUUAAAGGUGGACAUUGCUUUUUAUGAAAAGCUGUGCUUUGAAAACAAAAGGCAUUCUGUAAAUGAUUUCUUUGAGCUAUCCUC